GACGAGCCCGUUGUCGGUUGCCGCCGCCGCCGCCGCACGAACCGAGAUCACUGCCCGGCUCGAUAUCCGAGUAUCAUCGAGCACAUCGAAUCUUCUCGAGGACGUCGACGGUCCGUCGAUGGCGAUGACCGCUCUCUCCACGACCAGUCCCGAGAUCGGCGAGAUCAGGUUGCCGGUUUCGGGAAGAACUCCGCCCCUGCCCGACCUUCGAGCGACCGACUUUUUCAGCACUCCCGUGAGAGGUUCGAUGGACGCGGGCCAACCCGAUUCCGACAACCGAAAUUCGGUGUUGACGCUGAUAGUGAGCAAAGCUCGCGAAGACGUCGGCCCAUCGGAACGCUCCUGCCCUCGGCGCAACAACGGGUUGUUCGCCGAGAGUAAACACGGCCAAAGGAAACCGAGCGUGAACGUGACGACCAAUCCGCUGGACAUCUCGCUGGUCGGAGCUUGCACGAGCAACAACGAUCGACAACCGGCAGCCGACGGAUCGGUGGGUAGGACCGGAAGUAGCAAGAUUCGAGGAAGACCCGCCGAAUCUCAUCCCCUCGUUUCGACCAUUCAUUCAUGGGUCAGGCUCUUUUUCCCGUUUUGCGCAAUAGGUAUACUAUUGGUUGUGCUCGAGUUGUGCUUCGAGGUCUCUAACGAAAUCGAGAGAUCACCGAGCGCCGCGCGACUAAGACCGUUUCAAUCGCGCAGAUAUCCAUUCUAUCCGAACACGAUUGGGUGCCACCGGUUUCCCAGCAGCUCGGCGAUCUCUCGCAUCGCAGUGAUCUUGUGUGUAGAGAAAACUCGCGGGCGAAACACACUUGAAGACUAAAUUCGUUUUCGCUCCACGGCUUACGCCCUUACGCAUUCAUUCGAAUACUCGCGUAUCGCAUCGUAUCGCAUUG